UGGAAAUACGUGUAUCUGUCAUAUAUUGUUGUGUCAGUGAUAGCUGUUUUAAUCGCGUCGGUGUGGCGUCUACCAUCUACCACGUAUCAAGAGUCUGUGGCCAGCCCCCCUACUUGUCCCGGAAAUACAAGCCACUCACAAUCGAGUGCUGGAAGUCGCUGUUUGCUCGAGCUCCACCGCGCACUUUGUCCCUGUAUUGCAACUGUGCGGGUGGGCCGGUUGAUAGGAUUUAUAUAAUAAAGAAGAUGGCGAUGGUAUCAUUUGGAAGAGGUGAACGACGUUUGCCCAGUUCGGUCGUGUCCACGUUCCAGUCUGGUCUCCAGUCCAUUGACAAUCUAAUGACUGCACUGCAGGAUGGACAUUACAAUUUCAAAAAACAUGUAGAAAUGGCUCAUGUGGCUUUUUCAAUGGCUGAGGAUAAGUUAGACAACCAUAUCUAUCGUCAAACCAGAAAGUGUCGGGAACAGGAAGCAGAACUAUCAAGUAUGCAGAGGAGAAACAAAGCAAUUAUUAAAUCUCUGACAGGCUUGGAAGAUUCACUGGAGUCUUUGUCAAUAAGACUCAAGAAACAGAAGAAGGAGGCUGAGGGCGCUCAAGAAGAAGUGGACGAUUCUGAGGAACGUGUCAAAAAGGCACAGUCUGAGUACGAUGAGGUCAGUGAGACCAGAAAUAAAGUUCAGACGGUCGUAAAAUACACGUGGUGGAUACCUGUAGUAGGAACUUCGGUCUCGAUCUAUGAUCAUGCGAUACUCAAACCACGUGUUGAUAAUGCAGAAGGUUGCCUUGGCUCCGCCGAGUCAGAUUUAACCAGUGCUGAAGACGCUCUACGUGAGAUGACAGAACAACAUGAGAAUACUCGAGCCAUUAUCAAAAGACAUAAGAAGACACGGACCAGACUGGAAGAUGAAAUGGAGGAGAUUGAAGAUGAUAUUUAUGCAUACAGGAAGGAUAUUAACACACAAAAUAGAACCCUAACCGCGUUGAGGAAGGUGAUGACUCGUCUGGGUAAAGUGUCGGGACGAGCAGAGGUAUUGAGAGAUGCCACGGCCAUCAUGCAUGAAAUAGCAGAGAUCGGGAUACCUCUUAAGAGUUUGUUUGACAGUUUUGAGGAGCUCAUUACGCAACCAGAUCUCUGGAAGAAGGUGCUUUCUCGUCCUGAAUUUAUGGCCGUUUGCGAUGAUGACGAUGAUGAUUGGUGAAUGAAGAACACGUGCUUCCAAGACCACACGUCAACAGACAGGGAGGCUUUUCGUUUCCAUGUGAGAUUAAUUGGAGGAACGCAAUUCCAUAUUUGAACUAUACCUGUAAAAAAAUGACUUUCGCAAUGUGACAGUACGCAUGCUGGACUUGAAGAACAUGUUAUGUAUUGGAUUGUUCUAAUUUUACAAAUAUUCACAUGGAAAUAGGUCAAGCUCGAUUCCUGGUCUUUUUUCAUAUAGAUUUUGUAAAUGCCUACAUAUAACGUUGGUCGUGAAUGUCUACGACACCACCGCUACCUAAUUAAUGGUUGGUAUUAGAAGUACAUUCUCCAGAUGAGACAGAGGCAGCAAUUGGAAUUAACUAUCGCUGUGUCACACAUGUCAAGAUUUACCUUUUUGAAGAUUCGUGUUGAUUUUGUUUAUUAUGUGAUUAAUGCUUUGUCGUCGAAGUAGCAUGUGGUGCAUUGUUGUAUUAUUCAAUUAUUAUCAAUUUUUGUAUCUUUAUUACCUCAUGAAUGGUUUUGCAGAUAUCUUGUGUACCUACACGCCAUAUGUAUGGUAACUGAACUAUCUAGCCUCAUCUAGACCAGUCAUACCAUACGGACUAAUAGAGGCUUAAGCGAAACAGCAUGGCGGAUGUCAGCAAGAAGACGAUUGCCAAGGCAGAGAAAGGCCUGAUGAGCCCGAAAGAUGUUAAGGAGGACAUGAUGUUGGUCCUUGGGCCUCACAUGAACUGGCAGGAGAUGCUGUGUCCCGCCCCUCUCUCGGUGUGUCUCCUGGGGCAACUGGUCCUCGUCACGCUGGACAAGGACGUGUCUCUUGUGUCGGAACACAUGACAAGGGAUCGCUUCAAACACACCGAGUACCCGGAGUCUCUGCGGACCAGCAUCCUUCAAGUUGCUGAUGAGGGAUGGAAUGCUUUCAACCUGGCCAACAAAAACAUGGAUCAAAUUCGGCUGCUGACACUGCAGAUUCCUCAACACGUCAAGAACGCUGUCAAGUACAUUGUCAAUGGAUCCGAAAAGGAAGUGCGCAAUCUAGUUCCUGAUUACUUAGCUAACAUUAAGCGCAUUACUGACACAUGCGUUGUACGGGCUGAAGAAGUGGAGACACGAUUUUGUACUAUCAUGGAUUUGAUAGGAGAACUACAGAAAGCAUGCACAUUUGCCGAAGGUCACUAUUCUGAGAAACUGCUCAAAGCUGAAAAGGAUCAUGAGGUGAAGACAUUGAGAAUGAAGUCAUUAGAAGAAAGAAAACAGCUCGCAGAAGAGGAGUACAAUGAAUUACGCGACCAGUUUAAAAAGGCCCAAAAAUCGUACCAAAAAGCCAUGAACUCUAUGCCAUCUGGUUGGAGCAUGAUCGGUAUGGACUUCGUGGAAGGGCUGGCUAAAUGCACACUUGGUGUCUGCCAAUCAGUCUCCAAUGCUAUUACAAAGAAGGCCGCGAAAAAAGAAUCCUCCAAAGACAAGCAGGUGCAGAAAGAAGAAGACAAGGAAGCUCUCCUGAUGAUGGAACUCCCACAACUAUCGCAUUGUGUGAAGACUCUCGUUACAGAUUUCGAUCAGAUUAUGCAGGGAACGGAAGUGGAUCAUCUCAUGAUGGUCGAGGCAACAUUUCAGGAUAUUGUUCAGGCUUUGAAGUCCUACUCGGGAGUCUGUAAGCAGAAAGUGAACGACAUUGUAGAUGACGGGUAUCAACUCAUCAGGAAAAUGAAGACUGCUGGUAAGCAGCUUGCCAAGGUACAAUCACAAGAAAAAGAUGCGAAGCUUAUAGCUGGAAGGCUGGAAGGAAGAAUGAAAGCACUGGAGACAUUCUGUGCACAUGCAUUUGGACAGUCGCUGCAAACACCAACACCCAUGAUGUCCACUAAAGAGCAGGAUAGUUCCAGUUCAGCUUCAGCAAAAUAUAGUGAACAGUGUAGAUUCCAAGUUGAACAAACUGCCUCUUCUCUUGAAUCAAUCAGAGAGGACUUCAAGAGCAAAAGCAAAUCAUUACAGGAAACCAAUGCCCAUGUGACGUCAGUCAUUGAAGAGCUUGCACACAUUAACCUUGACAAGGUCAACUUUGAUGAAAUAAAACAACUGUUGCAGAGAGGUAUCAAAGCUCUUGGACAGGUUCGAACACAGUGGGGAAAGUUGGUGAGAUUUUUCACAACAAUUUCAAACAUCAUCAAAUGCUCCAUGGAUGAAAAUGUGAAGAAUUUCGUCCAGGGCGCCGAGCGAGGGGCAGAGUUUCGUCUUGAGUACACGAUGUCGGACAUGAUGAGGGACAUGAUCUAUGUCCAAGCAUCUGAAGCCAACAAGCUAUCGUACAUGGUGAACAACUUGGCAGAGAUGUAUGUUGAAGUGUCCGAGAAGCAUCUGAUGGAUCAAGUGGCUAGUCUUGGAGAGCUGCUUGCAUUGGGUGGAGAGAACGACACUCGCGCCGUCACCCGAAAGAUGUCCCAGUUGAACAGACAGGCACAGGACGCCACGGUGUCGAUUGGUUUGAUUGUUGCCCAGAAACAGCUGGAGUUCGACACAAAGGUGCAGAGGAGGAUAGAGAGGAUUCAAAGGGAGAUGAAAGCCGUCUUACCUCCUCCUCCGCCAGAAGAUCCAACGAUCAAACAGCAGGAGAAAAAAGCAAUUAAAGAAGCUGAGAAGUUCAAGGCAGAACACAAGGUGGUGGAUGAAGAUGAUUGGGCGUGAUCUCCUCCUUUAAGCCCCAUACGCUAACAUUCAUCAAGACUUUAUUCUGGAAAGAGGCCACCUGCCCAUUAUAGAGGUCACAGUGAGAUAUGGCUUACAGUUGCAGAGCGACAAUUCAUGAUAUCAAUAUACCAAAAUGCACAAUAGUUCUAAUAAAAUGUACAGUAUG